AUGACUAACGCAACGAUACAGGAAAUAGAAGGCAUAGAUGAUUACUGGGGUCCUGCAUUUAGAUCAGUGUAUGAAGGUGAAGGUCAUGAGGCUUUUGUACAACAGUUAGAUGAUAGAAUUCAGCAACAUGACAAAGAAAUUGAAAAGCUGUGCAAUUUUUACUAUCAGGGCUUUAUUGACUCCAUUAGAGAAUUGCUUCAAGUCCGCUCACAUGCUGAGGAGCUGCAUGGAGAAAUAUCUAAUGUCGAUGCUAAUGUGAAGGAGUCUACAGAAAAUCUUUGCACAAGGGCAGAAGAGUUGAUUAGAGCCCGUAGAGUGGAGUUAAAUAUUGCAGCAACUAUAGAAAAAAUGGAGUUAUGCCUACCAUUGUUAACUACUUAUUCAAAGCUCAAAACUCAAGUGGAAGCUAAGAGAUAUUACCCAGCACUCAAAACCCUGGAGCAAUUGGAACAUGUUCUAUUACCUCGGGUAGGACCUUACAAAUGGUGUGCGAAAAUAUCCGCCGAUAUUCCGCGGUUACGACAGGCGAUACAAGAUGCAUCCAUGGCGGACUUGAGAGAUUUCCUCGAAAAUAUAAGGAAAUUAAGUCCUCAGGUUGGCGCAAUGGCUUUGAAGCAAACCCAAGAAAUGCUUGGGAGAAGCUUGGAGAAUAUUGUAAAGAAUAAAAAAGAAUCAUUGGGUGUUACUAAAGAAAACAGUGGACCGCAAUGUCCUCAUGAACUAGUAGACUUCAGUCCUCUCCAUAGGUGUUUGCACAUACACAGUGUUCUUGGUGCUAAGAACGAUUUUGUGCAAUAUUACAGAGCUCAACGAAAGCAGCAAGCUCGACUCGUUCUCAUACCCUCAUCCGGAAACCUCCAUGACUCAAUACAAAAUAUGAAGAGUUACCUCAAUGCUGUGCUGGGCUUCUUCAUCCUUGAGGAACACCUCUUGACCACAGGAGCUGGUCUGGUCUCCAAGGAUUGGCUGCUAGAUACCUGGAGUAUGUCAGUGGCUAAGGUCGCUUCGACGCUUAGAACAAACACGUCACUGAUAACCGAUCCAACUCUCAUGUUGAGCAUCAAACAUCAGAUUAUGCUGUUUAUAAAUGCAUUGAAAUGCUACGGACUUCCUACUGAUCCUCUACCAUUGCUACUGCAAGAGAUGGCGGAACAUUACACAGAAGUGUUGAUGCAAAGAUGGGUGGUUGUGUUCCGAGAUAUAUUGGAUAAUGCUACUUUCGCGCCUAUUGAGGUAGAAAAUCAAGAGCAGUAUGAUGGUGUCAUGGACACAUUUCCUUAUGAAGGAGAAGAACUGGAGACUCAACCUUUUCCUAGAAAGUUCCCGUUCUCAACGGUAGUGCCGUCUGUGUACGUGCAAGUGAAGGAGUUCAUCUACGCGUGGCUGAAGUACUCCGCGGGGCUGGGGCUGGGCGGCGGGCGGCGCGCGGCGGCGGCGCGCCACUCCGCCUCGCUGCUGCUGAGCCGCUCCUUCACCGGCUGCCUGUCCGCCGUGUUCCGGCGCCCGCUGCCGCUCAUGCAGCUCGUGCAGAUCAUCGUAGACACGCAAUAUCUAGAAGACGCAACGUCCUUCUUGUAUGAAUUCAUCAGUAAUAUUACUGGUUCAGAACUGGUCACCACGCAAACAGCAGGCAGCAUGUUCCAAGCAGCCCGAGAUGAUGCUGAACAGCAAAUAUGCGAAAAGUUGGAGAAGAAAGUAGACGAGUUUCUGGACCUUGAAAAUUAUGAUUGGUUACUUGUUGAGCCCAGCGGACAAGCCUCCUCCUUCGUCACAGACAUGCUGAGCUAUCUGUCUGGAGUGUUGACGUCUCUAGAACAGCUGCCUGAGAGAGCACGCGUAGCAGCAGUACGAGCAGCCACCAACCGUAUCGCGACGCGGCUGCGCAAUCUCCUGCUGGACCCAGGUGUUCGCCAGAUCUCCUCUGGAGCCCUCUACCAGCUGGACCUGGACGUGAUACAGUGCGAGCAGUUCGCAGCGGGAGAACCUGUGCCCGGGUUGAAGGAGGGGGAGCUGCUGGAACAUUUUGCUAGUUUAAGGCAACUUCUAGAUCUAAUAACUGGAUGGGACUGGUCAUCGUAUCUCCACGAUGUGGGUAUAGAAGGAGGUAAAUACGCACUAGUGACACCCCGCGAUGCCGCCACUUUACUGGAAAAACUGAAAGAGGCAGAACAGAAGUCGUCUGUCUUCUCCGUUCUGAAAAAGAAUGAGCGAGACAGAAGAAAGUUGCUGGAUACAGUGCUAAAACAGCUCAAGCAAUUGCAAAAUCAAGAUGGA